AUGUCGAUCCCCCGGAUCCCAGAGCGAGCGAAGCUUCUCGAUCAAUCCUUGCCUGCGGGUCCCGCCGGCGGCUCUGCGGUUGCAGGAAACAUCGAGCCGUUCAGGUUCUCAGAGGCGAGCACAACUCCCGAGAGAUGCCAUCUGGGCACCCUAUGGGACACGAAGGUUCUACUUACGAUUCAUCCUCCUAAACUUGGUAAAAAAUUCAGGGCUCCCGCUGGGGGUGUAAGACGGUUGCACGGCGCCGUAAACGCUGUUGGUUAA